AUGUCGACCAACAUCUACGCAGGAUGCAACUACUCCAUCCCGCGCGAUCAAUGCACGGCAGAGACAUGCUGUCUCGCCCAAGGCCUCCCUUUCGACUACCUCCCCAGCGCAGCUGGCAAUCUCGCCUUGGCAAUCUACUUUGCCGUCCUCGUUCUUCCCCAGCUGGGCCUCUGCGCUUAUUACCGGACAUGGGGCUAUAUGGUGAGCAUGGUCGUUGGCCUCGCUCUCGAAGUUGUAGGCUACGUCGGGAGACUCAUGAUCCGCUACAACCCAUUUAACAACAACGGCUUCGUCAUAUACCUUGUUACCAACACCAUCGCUCCCGUCUUCCUCGCCGCCGCCAUCUACCUCUGCCUUACGCGCACCAUCGUCGUCUACGGCCAACAUCACUCUCGUAUCCACCCGAAAUGGAUCGCGAUGGGCUUUAUGACGUCGGACUUUGUCUCGCUCGUGCUGCAAGCCAUCGGCGCCGGCGCCGCUGCCAGCAACAAAGGCGCUUCGACUGGCGGCACCUCAACGAGUCAAGUCGGCAUCGACGUCAUGAUCGUAGGCCUGGUAUUUCAGGUCGUCAGUCUCUCCUGCUUCCUGCUCGUUUGCGCAGACUUCGCCUGGCGCUGUCGCCGCCGCGACAAUCUCGACAUGUGCGCAGAGAAGGUGCAGAUCCGCCAGCGCUGGACGAUGAAGGCUUUCCUCGCCGGUCUGCUCCUCGCCACCGUCUGCAUCCUCAUCCGCUCCAUCUUCCGGGCAGCGGAGCUGUCGGGUGGCUUCACGGGGAGCUUGUGGAACAAUCAAGUCGACUUCAUGGUCCUCGAUGGAGCCAUGAUUGGUCUUGCGGCUCUUUGUCUUACGGUCUUGCAUCCUGGCGUGGCGUUCCGUGGGCAAUGGGCUGCAGCUGACUGGACAUUCCGACGAUCGGGAAAGGGUGUCGAUGAGGAAGAUGCCGUGACAGGGAAGGAUCGGCAAUAA